AUGCUAUCUUAGAGAUAUUUGGGGAUUUUUUUAUCGUCACCAUAACACAGUUGCCAAGCCUGAAACGACUUUCAACUGUUUUUAAAAUUACAAAAUUCGAAAUUUUUAUCAUUCCAUAUUUUUCAAGGAAGCAAAGCUGUUUUGAUGUGAUAAAAAUAGACGCUGCAUCAAGUAGUUAAGCAUGAGAAACUCGGAUAAUCUUAUUUUCAGAGUAUACAAGAUAAACCAGAAUGGAAUUAUUUCAGCAGUGGAAUAUGAACAGGAUUUUUAUACCCGCGAAGUUCUAUCAAAAAGACACAUUUCAAGCCAAGAACCAGGUCCAAAUUUGCUUUCGGAUCCGGAAAAACUGAAACUUAGUUUCAGUAACUUUGAAUGCGAGGAUGAAGAUAAUCCUCUUGUGAGUUUUGUGAAAAUUGAAAAUAUAAACGAUGUGAACUUAAUUCAGUCCAGUGGAUAUUCCUGCCCCAAGAAUUUCGUAGCCCGAGGUAAGAGAAGCACUUCCCCAUGUUAUUUUCAUCAUCAAAUAAGAAUUUCUCUGAACAUUCCCACCAUGAUAAGGUGUCAAAAUUGUGAAACCAAUUUCCCCACAAAAUAUCAGUAUCAGAGGCAUCAAUGCGAAUUCAAUGCAGAAAAGGUAGUUUUAAAAGCAAAUGCUGAUUUAAAAGAUAUAAAUAAAGGAAUGAGAAUCAAGUAUGAUUGCGAGAGAUGUGGAAAACAGUUUGUAAGUAAAAAUAAUUUAGAAAGACAUCAAAUUUGUCACGAAAACUCGAAAGAAAAUAUAUGUGAACAUUGUAAUAAACAAUUUGUUAGCGAAAAUAGAUUAAGGAUUCAUAAAGAAAAUCAUUGCAAAAAAGUCGGGGAUAUAUCAAAGUUUUAUCGUAGUGAUGUUGCGGUAUGGAAAUGUAAGAAAUGUCAUGAAGUAUUCUCUUCAUUAAAUUCCGCAAAUGCUCAUGUCGAAUCAUGUAAAGAAGAUAUAUUUCAAAUAGAUCAAAGUCAACCAGAAAAUGAUACUGAUAUUCCAAAGAAGGAACUCCCUACUGUGGAAUCUCCAUCUGUUGUUAAUGAUGAUUCAAAUAUGAAAUUAUUAGAUGAAAGCCAAAUCGAGAAAAUCCUUACUGAAAUUCUGCUACAGUGCGAAUUUUGCAACAGGACUUAUGCAGAUAAAACCUUACUUUUGUUGCAUCAAAGGAAACAUUCAACUGCUAAAAAUUAUGAAUGUGUCAACUGUAAUAGUAGCUUUGAAUCAUAUGCAAUUGCUGCUCAACACUGGUUAAAAAUAUGUUCAGAAACAUCUAAUAUGUUUUACCUCCCUAAACUCACCUAUUGCGAAUACUGUGAUCGCACAUUUAAAUCUCAUGAAUUAUUGUACGCACACAAAAUCAAGAAGAAGCAUUACACAGUCAAGCUCCACAUGAAUGAUUCACAAUCGAACAGGGAAAACAUAAGAGACAAACAAAUCGACAGCAGUGAAGCUAUAAACAAACUCAUUGAAGAUGUUUUGAUAACAUUAGAUAGGCCCAUAGGCAAAAUUUGCCAAUUGACAAAGCUCAAUUACAAUAAUUCAAAUAAAGAGAAUAUUGAGAUUGAAACAACAUAUGCCCAGAGGGAUUUCAGCGAUGCUCCUGAGGAAUCAAAUCAAAAUGAUCCCUUAGAAAAACCAGAAAAAAAGAAAAGGGGAAGAAAGCGAAAGUGUUCUAAGCCUGGAAUCAGAAGUAAAAAAUUGAAUAAUCUGAUAAAUGAGGGAUAUAAGUAUCAAUGUGAACGAUGCCCCCUUGUUUGGGAUAAUGUGGCCGAUUUGGAGAAGCACAGGGAUGAAGAGCAUGCUGCCAGUUUCAGCUGUGAAGAUUGUGGACAGAUUCUACAUAGUGCAAAAGCUCUGCUGAUCCAUUGUCGAGCCCACAAAUGUUUGAAACCAUACGUUUGUGAUACAUGUGGCAGAAGUUAUUCACAAACCUCUCAUUUAUGGCAGCAUAUGAGGUUCCACCAAGGCAUAAAACCCUUUGCAUGUCCCCAUGAAGGGUGUGAAGCGAGAUAUACCAUCCGUCCAGAUCUGAAAGAUCACAUAAGAAAAGUGCACACCAGGGAGAGACCCUUCAAGUGUGCAGUUUGCAAUAAAUGCUUUUUAACAGGUUCUGUAUAUUAUCAACACCGCUUAAUACAUACUAAUGAUAGGAGAUAUGGUUGUGAUGUCUGCCAUAAGAGGUUUUUUAGAGCUGAUGCUUUGAAUAACCACAAAAGAAUACACACUGAUGAACGUCCAUAUCCAUGCACCGUUUGCGGUAGAGAAUUCAGGCAAAAGGGUGAUCGAAAUAAGCACAUGCGAACGCAACAUCCUGAAGCUGUUAUCCAGUGAAGAGCACAUUUCUCAUUUCUCACUUCAGAUAUGAUUUUCCAUAUUUUCAUGCCAUGUUCAAUUGUUAUUUCUUGUUAACAAAUAAAAUUUUAUGCGUA